GUGGCAAUGCUACGUCGCGGCGCUUGGGUUUUUACGGCUAACAUGACACUGAACGGGAAUUUUGUGCCUCGAUCUACGCAUAUUUACCCUGUCGAAAUGACCAGAUAUCGAGGCUCUGCGUUUCCUGCAUGUGCUGCGUGUAUUCUCUACUCUUAUCUCAAGCUGCUUUUAGAAUCUAUGCCCGAUGUUCGUACGGUCUGGUCAGGUACCUGCCGCAGACUUUGUUCUUACAGGUCCCGAUUGCCGGCUGAAUUACUAAACGUUGUUGUAAUUGUAAGUUAUGUCUCACGUCCGGCUUAUAUAUAACUGUGCUGUUCUUGUUCGUACAUCUCUUCCCACUCAUGGCUACCAGCUCGUCUUUGCAAGGCUACUAUUCCUGGCCCGAGGGGCUCUCUGGUGUGUACUACGGUCCAGGGUCCGUAUCUACUGCGCUACCCAAGUUACUUUCCUCUCUGGGUGCUCAGAAAGCAUUGAUUGUAACCACAAGGAGUCUUGUCGGCAAGACUGAGCUUGUAAAGCAAGUCGAGUCCAUUCUGAAAGAUCACGAUGCAUUUGGAGCUACUUUUCAUGAAAUCGGGGAGCAUUCACCCAUUGCCGGGAUCCGGCGUGCCAUCAAAAUCUUUCGAGAAUCCGGCUGUGACGUCAUUGUCUCUAUCGGAGGUGGCUCGCCCAUUGACGCAUCAAAGGCCGUCCUUUACUUUGCGCAGGAAGAGAUCGGAGGCCCUAUUCUUCCUCAAAUAGCAAUUCCCACGACGCUCAGCGCGGCAGAAUACACUAUCGGAGCCGGAUAUACGAACGACCAGGGUCAAAAGGUAGCAGUAUCCUCAAAACGGCUUGUUCCCGCUGGUAUCAUACUGGACGCAGAGUUCACCUUACCAACACCAGAGAGACUUUGGCUUUCAACGGGAAUUCGGGCCCUCGAUCACGCCGUCGAAAACCUGUAUAGACCCGGAGUCGCUUUCCCGGUCAAAGUGUUAUGUUACUCUGCCAUUACCGACCUUUUCAAAUAUCUUCCUGCCGCCAAAACCGAUCCACAAGACGUCGAGGUGCGACAGAAGCUUCAAUUGGCAUCUUGGAUGAGUAUAUGGCCCAUGAAUUUAGAAAAAUACGGACCAUUGGGCUUGUCGCAUUCUUUGGGACACAAGUUGGGAGCAGCGUACGGCAUACCGCAUGGUAUCACUUCUUGUCUUACCUUGGCGCCCGUGGUUGCAAUGAAAGCACAAACCGAAUCCCAAGAGAACAAGGAAACACUCGCUAAAGUGCUGCCCUACCUUCAUAUCGAGUCGACAGGCUCUGUGGAUGAGGACGUUCUGCUAGUGUCCAAGUCGAUCAAGGACCUGGUAGCAUCACUAGGACUCGCAUCCGACUUGGCCUCGUACAAGGUUCCGAGGGAGGAUGUGGGGCAGAUCGCAGAGCGCGCGCUCGGGAGCAAAGAAGAUCCUGUAUAUGGCAAAGUCAUCGGAAUUCUUGAGAGUCUAUACCCGACGAGCGAUGUGUGAUGGCAUACUCGUGAAUCGUAGUCAGUCGCAUGUACAAUUACUAGUGGGGAUGCAUACAGACUUGAGAAGGUGAUUGAAGUAGCACAGAAAUGUCAAUUAAGUGAUACUUCACCAC